CAAUGGUUGAUGAGGAAGUUUAUUGUUCAACAAUGAAACAAGUCAAAACAAGAAGAGAGAUGCUGUGAAAAGCAAGUAUUGCAGUCAGUGGAUAGCCGUUGUAUUAGUAUUUUACCUUUCUAUGACAUAGCAGAGUAUAAUUUGAUUGUAGAAUAAAAUAUUAUACGAUGGUCCUUGCGAAACGUCUGAGUUUGUUUUGGGGGGUACGUUAGCAAGUUCUUGGUGACAUUUAAUCUUUAACUUGUUAUAGUAGCUAGAUACCCAGUAACGUUAGGUUAGUAAGGACAAACACAUGCGUGCAUUAAUUGACCCUGGUAGCUAUAUAAGGUCGGCUACAUUAUUCAGACUAUCCUUGGCAUAGUCACGGUGUGGCCUACGUACGUGGACGGUGUUGUACAGUGAACUGGGGAGGCGUGUCAAGUGUUACGACAUAAUCAGCUAGAGUCGACGAGCUACCGUUUGGUGAGUCAGUCUCUUGAAGUGAGAACAAAGUCGUUGUGAUAUCUUAAAACCUGCAAAACUAGUAUUUUUGUAAAAGCUUAAAGCUUUGAAAAUGUCUUUGGCUGACCAAAGUCAGCAGUGGUAUCCCACAAGCGUACAGGUGACCGUGUUCCAAGCCAGGAAUUUGAGGAUCAAAGGAAAGAAUGGAACCAACGAUGCCUAUGCCAUCAUGCAGGUGGCCAAAGACAAGUUUUCUACCUCGGUUGCCGAGAAAUGUGUCGCACCGGUAUGGAAGGAAGAGGCAACGUUUGACCUGCCACUGUUCCACCAUGGCAAUGCUGAACGCUGCACACUAUACAUCAUAGUAAUGCACAGAGCUCUGGUGGGACUGGACAAGCUCCUGGGACGAGCUGUGAUCAACCUACUUGAUCUACACGAUAACAGCGCCCGCAAAAAGACCGAUUGGUACAAACUGCUGGAUAAGAAUGGGAAGGAGGACAAGGUCAGAGGGGAAGUGAUGAUGGACAUCCAUUUCAUGAGAAACAACUUAACAGCCAGCAUGUUUGACCUUUCUAUGCAAGACAAACCACGCUCCCGCAUCGGAAAGCUCAAGGACAAAGUGCGUGGGAAAAAAAAGGACAGCUUCUCUGACUCGGCCUCUGCAAUAGUGCCCUCUUUCAGCCAGGUAGUCACUGACAGCGAGGGAGAGGCUGACUCCCACUCAGUAUGCCCAGAGUCCCCUGGGGCCAAGAAAAAAUCCAAGCUCAAGUCCCUCUUUGCCCCUAAAUCCAACCUGCAGCGCAAUGUCUCCCAGUCCAUGUCCACACUGGGCACUCUUCCAGAGAAGAACGCAUCCCUCGGUGGCAGUCGCUCUUCUGGCCUCAAUGUGGAUUCUCCUGAUGUUAAAAAGAAGUUCAAGUUCCUGGGCCACAAGCGCACAGGCAGCAAUGACAGCAAAGUGUCUACAGGACCUUUUUCUCUUCUGGGCAGAUCCAAGCAGAAAGAAGACCCGAACAGCACGUGCAUCAACGGCAAUCAUGUAUAUGCAGAGGAGGUAGAACCCAUGUCUGGGUCCACCCUCAGCCUUAACAGCUCUGGUCAGGGCUCAGUGGAGGAUGUACGAAGCCACAGGCAACCAUCUGACGCCGCCGUAGACUCUCUCAAGGGCGCCCCUGUCAACACCUACAGAAAGGAGUCUGCAGAUAGGGAUAGGGCUCUGCUGGAGCAAAGGCGCCUUCAGGAAGAGGGAGAGAAGAGGCAGGCUGAGGAGAAGAGACAUAAUGAGGAGAAACAAAGAGUGCAGCUCAAGGUACUGCAGGAGGAGGAACGCAAGAAACAGGAGGAGCAGGAGAGAAGGUUCCAGGAGGAUGAGGCAAGGAGGAAUAAGCAGCAGGAAGAGGAAGAGGACCGGAAGCGGCUAGCGGAAGAAAGAAGGCGGCUGAAGGCGGGUGAGCUUCAGAGGCUGGGGGAGGAGCAGAGGCAGCAGGAGGAGGCCAAGAAGGCAGAGGAGCAGAAACAACAGGAGGAGGCCUCUGUGACUGAGAGGCUGUCCUCUCUGUUUGGUAUGAUCAGGAAGAAGGAGGAGAAGAAGGAAGAGCUGCAGCAGAGUGUCGCCAAUGAGGUGAGGCACAACCCGUCUCCCAGUCACAGCACCAGAGAUUUGGAGGUCCCUGUUCCUGCCCCUCGCCAUGCUGCCAACCCACUCAAGGAUAUUCUCCUCAGUCCAGACCCUCCAAUCCCAUUUGAGGAGAGCCUGGUGGACCACCAGAAGGGUGUUUGCGGCACCAACACCCCGAGCGCUGCAGUCUUCAACUCCAACCGCACUGCCAAGGUGUCUGCAGUCAAGCCCAGAUUGGUGGAGUCUCUGAAGCAGCCUGAAACCCCCAACUCAGACUCCCAUAGGCAACAAUCUCCCUCCCUGUCCUGCACCGAAUCCCCUCUCUCUAGCGUCCCUUCUGAGUCUCCUGAUAUGUUCUCCAACCUUCACUCCUCCCUGGCUCCACCUAAGACACGGAGGAGCACCUCUGAGUCCCCCUGCAGCAGCACUGAGAACCUGACUGCCAUAGGAUCUUCCCCUAUCGGAUCUGAGAGGAAGCGGCAAGCUCCUCUGUCCCCCAGCCCAAUGGAACUGCAUGGAAAUCCCAAUGCAGGCUCCAGAAGUGUGUCUGCUAAUUGUGGCUCUCUUGUGUCAAUUAAGGAGGUUGAGGCCAAAAGACCUCCUCUACCUCUUCCUGACUAUGAUCGCCUGUUCCCACAGAAGAGGCAUGGAGUACAAGGACAGACUCAAUGGGACCAUAUCAUUGCAGAAGUGAAUCAGAGACAGCAGGAAUACACAUCUCAGCUCAUUGGAGAAGAGAUGAGCGUUGAUGGCCCAGGCCUCGACUCCCCAGCACCUCCACACAAUGACAAAUAUUUGUACUUGAAGGAGAGGGCAGCAGAACGCCUUAACCAGCAACGGACACAAGUUCAGGAAGUUCAAUCUUCAUCUUGGAGGAGAGUGGGGCCCAACAGUUCGCCAGCGCUCAUCCCCCCUCCCAAACCUGGAGCUGCAGCCCGCCCUAGACUAGUGAUGGACUCAAACAAAAAGCAAGGCCAGAACACUGCACAGGCUAAUCAAUCUGUUGAAAGACACAACGCCUUCGUCUCCAAAGUCUUGGGCUCUACCAUUCCUAUGGCUCAAAGCAGCAACGUACCCUCAGUGAAACCUUGGGAAGAUGCAAGGAAGGUGCCUAAAACAUCAGUUGCUUUAGCCAGUGAAGGCCAUUCUGUUCUCCCAAUAGAAAAGCCUACUAGACUUACAUUAACAGAAGUUUUGGUGUCAAGUUGUACAGAUGAACGUAAAGGACUGCCGAACGCUCUCAAAGAGAUCCCCGCAACCAAACCCAGACAAAGGUUAACCAGCAAAGAGCCAGUGAGACAAGUGGAUCCUGAGCCAAAAGCAGCAGAGUCUACUACCAAUGUACAGCAGGAGAACAGAUCAGAAAUGAGGGCAGCCUCCAUAGACAUGAGAGUGAGUAGUCCAGUCAUGGCAAAGAAUACUGAGGUAACUGCUAACAGUGAAAAGCAACCCUCACCUGACUCUGUAGAAGGCGACAAUAACAAAAAACAACUGGAACGCUUUAUGAAAGAGACAUUUUCUGAACCUGACCCUUUUCCCAUUGCGGAGGUCCUGCCUAAAUACCCAUGGGCUCAACCAGAGCAGAGCCACAGUGGAGAUGACCUGUUCUCUGGAGGACCACAGAAAGGGGACAAGCUUGAAGAACUGGGAAUGAAAACUGAUGACUUGGUUAAACAUUUUACGCCAAACAAUUCAACAGAUCCGUCCUCCAGCUGUAAUGACAGUGACUCAGAAAAGCAUCCAGAGGAAAAACCAGAAGAGCCCAGUCCUACUUCUCAAAGGGGAUUUUCACAAAGGAAAAAGGAACGCGCAGACUUCGACUUCCCAGCACCUCCACUUACUGACAAAUAUUCCUACUUGCAGGAGAGGGCAGCAGAACGCCUAAACCAGCAACGGACACAAGUUCAGGAAGUUCAAUCUUCAUCUUGGAGGAGAGUGGGGCCCAACAGUUCACUAGCGCUUAUCCCCCCUCCCAAACCCCGUAGACUAGAGGCCGACUCAAACAAAAAGCAAAGCCAGAGCAUUGCACAGAAUAAUCCAUCUGUUGAAAGACACAACACCUUUGUCUCCAAAGUCUUAGUCUCUACAAAUCCUAUGGCUCAGAGCAGAGAUGUACCCUCAGUGAAACCUCGGGAAGAUGCAAGGAAGGUGCUUAACACAUCUGUUUCGUCAGCCAAUGAUGGCAAAUCUGUUCUACGACUAGAAAAGCCUAAUAGACCUACACCACAAGUUUUGGUGUCAAGUUCUACAGAUGAACCUAAAGGACUGCCAAACACUCCCAAAGAGAUCCCCUCAGCCAAACCCAGACAAAGUUUAGUCAGCAAAGAGCAAGCAGAUCCUGAGCUAACAUCAGCAGAGAAUACCACUGUACAGCAGGAGAACAGAUCCGAGAUGAGGGCAGUCUCAACCCCGGACAUCAUGGAAAGUAGUCCAACGAUGGCUAAAGCUACUGACUCUGUAGAAAGCGACAUUCACAAAAAACAACUGGAACUCAUUAUGAAAGAGACGUUUGAUGACCCUUUCCCCAUUGCUGAGAUCCUGCCUAAAGACCCAUGGGCCCAACCAGAGCAGAGCCACAGUGGCGAUGACUUGUUCUCUGUAGGACCACAGAAAGACGACAAGCUUGAACAGAGACUGACAACUGACGAUUUGGUUAAGCUUUGUGUGCCAAACAACCCAACCGAUCUGUUCUCCAGUUGUAAUGACAGUGACCCAGAAAAACAUCCAGAGGAAGAAAAACCAGAAGGGCCCAGUCCUGCUUUUCAAAGGUUAUUUUCUCAAAGGAAAAAUAAACGAGCAGCACCUCAGCCUCCAGCUAAUUUGAGCAAUAAAGGAGCCAUGGGAAAAGGUGAGCUGGUUAAACAAGACCCUUCACCCAGAGAAAACGAAACAAUCAGGUUAGCCACUACAGGAUCUGUGAAACUUGAGCUGCAACCCAAAAAUACUAGACAGAGAAAUCUCUAUAGUAGAGAAAAGGUAGAAACCCAAGCCAGGAAAGAGAAGUGGACAGCAGACCCUUUUACCUUCUCCCGCAUGUCUUCUGACCUGACUUCUCCUGAGCCUCCCCAGUCAGUAGGUGAGCCCAAACCCCAGGCAGGGGCUGAGGGUAAGACCCUGCUACGGGCCUGGGUCUCAACCUCUGAGGCGCAGCCACUCACUGUUCUGAGUAGCAAUGGAGAUCGGCCAGACUUAACACCACUCAGGCCUCACCCAGUGAAGCCCAUGAGCUCCAUGGAGAGCCAUGCUCUCAACACCCCAGUGGUGAGGGAGAUGAAGACCUAUGACAGCUCACUGGGAAAUAUGAAGGCACCAGGUAAGGUGGAGAGUGGGCCAUACACCCAGCUGACCCAGGAGGAGCUGAUUACCCUGGUGGUGAAGCAGCAGACGGAGCUCUCCAAGAAGGACUUCAAGAUCGUUGAGUUGGAGGAGUACAUAGACAACCUGCUGGUGCGUGUCAUCGAGGAGAAGCCCAGCAUCCUGCAAGGCCUCAACUCUCCCAAGCAGGCCCUGUAAGGUGUGAGGAGUGGGCCAGGGAACUGUAGGAGGGAAAGAUUUAGGCUUCUACUCCAAUAUUCUGUUUAGUUUGUGUGGUUUUAUAUUGCUGUCACUGUGUUGGAUCAAGAAAUCUCUAUGAAGGUCUUGUUUCCUUUGCUCAUAUGCACUUUUGUCUCCAUGAGGAGUCAGGCUGAGAUUCAAUUUCCAGGUUUCUUUCAGAAACCGGGAUGCAUGCUGGAAUCCAGCAUGGGAUGCAUGCUGGAAUGCUUUUUUUCUAGAACUAAUUAAUGAAUCAUUCCAGGCUACUAUUAUUUGACCAGCUUUUGCUCUUGUUAUAACACUACGCUACUGGAAUUCCUUUUAAUACUAAUUUACCGUAUGCGCACAUUUCUUGUCAUUGGGUUGGUACUUUUUUAAUCAACUUUUUAAAUCGGUCUCCUCUUCAGGCAGAAUAGAACUGGAUGCCCUCGGUAUGUUGAUGUCCAUGUCACUGAUGAAAUGUAUCUGUCCAGGCCUUUGCACAGUGACUCCAUGGUGCCUACAAUUCAGUGGACUUUAAUUAGCUACUUAUACUUUGAUAUCUGCUCAUCCCAAAGCCUUAACACAGCGCUUCAAUAAUAAGAUGCUUGUGUUUUGUUUCAUUCUUAAAACUUGAUCUUCUUUCAUUGUUUUCUAGGGUUAUGUUUGUCAUUCCUUUCUUUACAUUAUCAUGACUUGCCUUGGUGCUGCUAUACUACUUGGUGUAAUCACAGGAGUUAAUCUAAUACUAAAUAAAAUGGAUAAUUAUUGUGGGGCUAGGUACAAGUAUCACACCUUAAUCAGAAAGCCCAUGUUGUGUGGUAGGAACAUGUCGGAUAAACAAUGGUCUUAGUGUAGUUAGCGCAUUAUUCAACCUGUGAUCGGAUUCUCCUGGUUUCAUUGGAAACUCUCAUCAGUCAACAUUCCUUACUUCAGUUUCUUGCAUUAGUUACCUUAUUACUUUAGUUGUUUAGCCUACCGUCCCCUUGUUACAUUUUGAAGUCAUGGAUAAAUGUGGUUAAGAGCGUUUGGCCAGUAACCGAAAGGUCACUGGUUCGAAUCCCUCAAGGUGGAAAGAACUGAUCAUGAGCAAGGAGAGACCUGAUUCACUUUUUAAAAUGUAUUUAUUUUUAUCUACUGCUGUUGAAUCACUGAUGUACCCACUGUGCAUUUUCUUUCUAUUGUAAAAUAUUUAUGCAAAUAUAAGUGCAGACACCAUGUCAAAUAUUUAUGCAAGAGUAACUAAGAGUAACUUUGAGUAAGAGCUUCCAAUAUAAUUACAUUUUAUAUGGAAAUUGAAAAAAUGUACAACUUCAUAUUCAUUUCCAGCACAACCCCAGCAUCAACAAACAGUAUGUGAAAAUCGUGUUUCCUAUGUUUUGUAGUAAAAAUGAGAGCUAAGUGUUUCCAAUUACAUCAAACAAUUAGUAGGCAAUGCCAAAUAAUUGGUGCACAAUGAUGUCAUUGGAAACCAUCUUCCUCCAUCUUUACUACAAAACAUAGAAACGUGCCAUUUUCACAUGUUGAUGUUGGGGAGCUGCUGGAGAUGAGGAAUAUGAAGUUGAAAUUUCAAUUUUUAAGCAUUAUGAAUGUUUCAAAAUGAACCUUGUCCAUGUUAGUUGUAAUGCCUUUGGCACUUUGAAGUGCUUAUUAAGCGGUAGGUUUUGACACUGACAAUGGCCUUACAACUUGUGUAAGUCAAUGUAAAUGUAAUGUAAUCUACUCAAUGCAUCUUCUGCAACUAUGCCUUCGUGUAAUGUCAUAGCAAUAAGAAAUCUUGUGAAAUAUUCACAUGUCUAUGAUUGUGCCUUCAAGGGUUUUACACCUAAGAAUUUACUUUUUGUGAUUACUGUAAGUCUGGAUUCCUUAAGAGCUUUUUGUUUAUACUGCUUUUAAAUUCAGAGUAUUGUAUACACUUUGAUCGUUCCAAUUGAAAUAAAGUAUAAUGAAUCUUAA